AUGCAUCAGACUUCGUCGAGAUUGCUUCGGAUGACCGACGAUGAUCGGCCGUUCACGAGAGAUUUCAAAGAUCUCUUCUCCACGCUCAUGGUCAGCCUGCCCCUGUCGCCGCAUCGCGUAAGAUGGCAAAAGGUCGACCACAGUUUCACCUCGGAAGAGGCCAUGACCAACCUGGGCUCGCUAAAGUUCUCCCAAUCGAACCGCAUGCCGGACCCCAAGGAUCCUUCCAGGAUCGUCACCACCACGACCACCACCACCUUCUCAAUGGCCAAGGAGAUGGCCCGCUCGGUCUGCCAAAAGUUUUUGGAGGCUCGCUUCAUCGAGUCUGUUGAAGGAAAGACGGAUUUCAUGUCCAAGACGUCGGUUUGGCAGAUGACCCCUAAGGGCAUGCACGUGCUGCAGCGUUUCUGCCAGCGCAAUGGUAUCAACCAGAAGCACGUCUACGAAGUCCUCGACUCUCCUCGCAACACCAUGCACCUGGUCAUUCUGGAGCGUGAGACCGAGACCGAUAAGCUCAACCACGACAACGCCACGACCGAGGUCGUCUUCCGUCGUUUCGUCGGCCACGAGGGACCCAAUGCCAAGGUAAACACCGCCGCGGCCGACUCCGACUCGCUGAACGAGUACUCGACCGGCCUGGUGGGUGUCAAGAUGGCAAGGGAACGUAAGAUCGGUGAUAAGGUCUACAUGAACACCUUCACCGGAAAGGCCGCGGUGGACUGGCUCAUGGACUGCAGCACCAUGGUCGACAAGAGGGAGGCAUUCGAGAUGUGCGCGCUUUUCUAUGAGUUUGGCCUGAUGGCGUCUGUUGAGGCGUUCCCCAACCCCGGCCGUUUCCAACCCACCAAGAGCGCCAUUUACUACGUUACCGAGAAGGGCCAGCGGACUGCUGGCUGGAUUCAGAGCCCGAAGACGUCUCUCAACGGCGAUGCCGCACCUUCCAACAGGCCCCGCGAAGGCACAACGAGGGAUUCCAACGCGAACCGCAUGACCGUCAUCAUCCGCGACCCGGCCCUCCGUCUGCUUUUCAGAGAAUUCCUCCGGGAGACGCAUUGCGAGGAGAACCUGUCCUUCUACUUGGAUGUCAGCGAGUUCCUCAACGGUUACAAGGGUGCGAAGAGAGCGAAUGCGACGCCGAAGCUUGAGGUCAUCAGGGAGACGCUCGCAGCGGCAUACAGCUUGUACAACGCUUUCCUUGCCCCUGGCUCCCCUUGCGAACUGAACAUCGACCACAGCCUGAGAACGGCGCUUGCAGCUCGCAUGACCCGAGCGGUUGGUGACGAUGAUGCCAUGGUGAGGAGCUUGGACGAAGUUGCGACCCUGUUCGAUCAGGCGCAGAACUCCGUCUUCAAGCUCAUGGCCAGCGACUCUGUGCCCAAGUUCAUGAGGGAGCCCAAGUACGCCUCCGUCAUCCGCGACCGCAACCUGGAUGCCGCUCCUGCCAUUGCUGCUUCAUAA